AUGGAAGAACCUCCCAAAGAGGCUAGGGGCGAAUACCGGGAACCUGAAAGCACAGACGUUCCUUCAGCUGCUGAUUACACUGAUGGCCAGGGAGAAGACGACCAGAAGAACCAGGCCGAGGGGGAGGCACAUGACCAAACUGAUUACAGAAUAGCUGGCGAAAGUGCCAGCAAAGUGUCUGACCAGGCCGAAGCGAACACAGUUGGCCAAGCUGAUGACAAAGUGUCUGAACGCCAUGGACUUAAUACCUCUGGUCAGGCAGAGCAUAGUGGAUCCAACCUUGUUAAUGUCGCUGACCUUACAGCACGUGAUCUGGCUGGAGAGGAGGCAGCUGAGCAGGAACAGAUUGAGGACAACAAGGUCCUGCCUAAGGGAGAAACUCCUGAAGAGACUGAACGAAGAUGGUCCAUACUGUCUGACCGAAAGACUUCCCUACAGACAGAUCAUCUAAUGUCCACAGAGGAUGACAGAUUAGAUUAUGAGCAGAGCAGACCUUCUGAAUGGACUGAUGGUAUGUUGUCCCUGCCAUCUGACCAAAGAGCUUCUGAACAGCUUGACCACAGAAUCCAGGCUGAGAAAAGGACUCAUGAGCAGAUUGACUACAGAUUGUCUGGGCUGGUUGGCCAAAAACCAAACACUCGCUACCAACCCCCUCAACUACCUGCAGGCCAGGAUGAUCAACUUCCAGUUAAGACCGACUCCAGUGACUCUGACGAGAUUCACCACUUACUUGACAAACAAGAUUAUCAGAAGGACGAGUACCCGUCUGACGAUGAUAUGCUUGGCCAGACUGAGGACAGUGAGGACAAAGGGGCCGACUCCACAGAACUACCCUUCCAUUCUGAGGAUAGCCAAAUAGACCUCAAUUUCAAGCUUUCAGAUGAAGUAGAAAAUGAAAUUGAAAGGACAUCCAGGAGCCAAGCCUACCACCCAGCUAAUGCCAAAAUCACCAGUAAUGUCCAAGCAGAUCAAAACUUGACCCAAGAAUCCCUGUCCACCUCCUCUAAAGAGGACAACAUCACCAAUCAAGAAAAUACUCAAGCCAUAGAAUCCAGCCCUGUUAAGCCUCCACAUUUUGAGCAAGAAAAGAGUUCUCAUAUACACGAUCAAAGUUAUAAGAAGGGGUUCCCUCCUGUAGUGUAUGAGGAUCCUUAUGAAGUUUCACUCCAAUACAUGGAAAAACAUCGCAUUCUGCAGAUAUUCCAGCAGAUCACUGAAAACUUAGUCUAUGCAAAACCAGAGGACCCCCUGUACUUUAUGCUGUGUCAGGUAUGGAAUAGAAGUAAAAAAGCAACAUUUUCAUUUCUUUCAUUGUAA